AGGAUCAAGCUGUGACGUAGUGAUAAGCAGUGAUAGCAGUAAAAAUGGUACAGUGAUGAGUCCAUCGUACCCUUCACCUUACCCCCCAAAGACGACGUGUCGGUACGAGUUCCAGGGCAGGGGGAAGGAGCGGGUUCAAAUCGUCUUUCAGGACUUUAACUUGUACCAUCCGAUGCCUAAUGACCCUAAGGACUGUGAAAAUGCAGACUCCCUUGACGCAUUUGUCCACAUCGAUGGCCGCAUGGAAAAGAUCGAGUCGUUUUGUGGUGCGGUGCUACCUAAGCCAGUGAUGUCGAAUGGACCCCGAUUGAUGUUGGAGUUCCAGAGCCAGCUUGCCUCCAGAUACUCCAGGGGGUUCAAGGCCACCUACAGUUUCACAGAAAAUUUUGGAAUAAACACCGGAACUCAAUUGCCGGACUACCCUUGUGCCUUUGUAUUUAAUAGUAACGAAUCCAGAAAUGGAUAUUUUCACAGUCCGAAUUACCCAGGUUUCUACCCGAGGGACACUGAGUGUCACUACUUUUUCCAUGGUAACAUCAAGGAGAAGGUCCACCUGCACUUUCACUUCUUCGACGUGGAAGGAGUACUACCGUGUGAAGCAACAUCAGCUAGCGACUACGUGGAGUUUUCCAACUUCAUGGCGCGCGACAGGAAGUACAGUAGGCAUUGCGGCCAAUUGAAAGAGUUUGACAUAGAGUCAGACAGAAAAUUCUUCCGGGUGACAUUUCGGUCUAACGACAGGCUGGAUGGUACUGGAUUCAAUGCAUCCUACCACUUUCUGGAUGAAGUGGAAGUUUAUACGGGCAAGCCGGUUGGAACUAGCACCAGCGAAUCAUAUCGACGAAAUGGCAUGGAUGUUCUACACUUAGUUCUCAUCCUGUUGACAGUCCACCUGGCUCUACCGUCGCACUAGAAAAUUUUAAAGCAAUAUAAACUAACAGGGACACAAAUCACAAUGUCUAGGUUUAAAGGUUUUUGUAACAUUGUUAUAUGAAUAAGAUGAAGACUGCACCAUCUGAACAAUUUGUUGAUGACGAAAUUUUAAUACGCCAAGUCAUCGUGUUUUAGUUGUUGCAUAUGGUCACACAUAUGAUUAAUUGAAGUGAAUAAGUUCUACGUAAUAAACAAAGAAUUUGAAUAGAUUAGAAGGAGCCAAGCCUAUAUGUUUACUCUGGAUUGUUCGUAAAAUUGCGUAGUAUUAGUGAGAAUACCUUUGACUAAUUUGUCUACCAGUGCCUACCAAGGUGACAGCAUUGUCUCAAAAUAAUACUACUUAUCGGUGGAAACAUCUACCUUUAUUAGAAUUGCGCCGCUCUUUACACAUUAUGUAAAAAGUACCAUGUCUUGAAAUCGUCUAACACCAUAAUUAUCUGCAAAAACUUGUACGUUUUUAAAAACAGCACUAAAUAUACGAGUUUAAUGAUAGAACUGUAAAAAAAUUUACUUAUGUCAAGUGCUCAAGAUCUUCCCUACAGACCACGAGAACUAGAUGACAAACAAAUCAUUGACGGGCUCCUUCUACCUUGUCUGAAUUCGGUGGUUAUAAAAGUCGUCUAAAUGUAGGCUUUUAUUAAAAAAAUGCAUGCUCAAAAUGUUGCGCGUCAUGCGCUAGAAAGGAGGAUCGUUCAUAAAAUGUAAAAAUUGAUCAGCGCAGGGAGCUUAAGCAGUCAGAAAUUUCAGGGAAUUAGAUUCGAUUUUGGGGCGUUUGGUGGUCGCCCGAGUCAGGUCCCUGAGCUCGUGUCCCUUGUGCACAUAGAGUGAAGACGGGGCAUUAUUUUUGAGCUCACUGAAUUCGAGCUCGACGACGCUUUUUCUUUAUAAAGUCCCUUCAGAAUCAUCCAACCACGCGUCAUAAAGUUUUUUGGGAUGCUCUUGAAGCAGCCUUGGGAUAAGCCUCAAGUAGCCCCCUAGAAACAAAGCGACUUACUCCUGGUUGCACCGCCUUGCUAAUGUUGACUUUAAGCUAAGCUGAUGCUUGAGUUUAAUAUUUUUGUUACAUUAUGUACACAGCUUGAAUCAAACUGUAAAAGACAGAUGAGCGAAGACGAAGUGUUCCCCUUAUUAAGGUGGACUUUCUAACUUAAUGUGAUUUGAAACUAGACACUCGAGGGAAAUGGGUUUCGGCAAACUUUUUCCGGAACCACAGAGAAUGUUUCUUGUUUCAUUGUGUCUAAAAGUGCCAAUGAGCAUAAUACUCGAGAGGUUUACCUUCAAGAUUAAUCGAUCCCCAAACAUGUACAUUUUUAUCGCAGAAAACUAAUAUGUCGUAAGGUAGGUAUCUAGAAUACAAUAUAUGCUUUAUGUGCAUUUCAGAUGCUAUCCAUAAAUUGAUGUUUACCUCUAGAUGAAGAUACACUUCCCAGCUUUCCUCACCUCACAUUGACAUAUCUAGGACGACUUACUGCUGGCAGUGGCCAAUUUGGCUUAAGCAACAAAUAUGUUGUUAACCCUGCUAAUUUUUUUACAAAGGCGACCUAAUCAAGCCCCCAUUUUUGACUUAUCUGAUUAGCAGUUACGUACCAGAAUGGAACAAACAGUAUGUUCUCCGAGAGCACUUCGCGUGUUUGUUAUUACGAUGUCUUAAUUCUCAGUCACUUUUAUCGAUCAAAACUUUGUUUUCGGAUACAAACCUAAUACUCUCCAAUCAAGUUAUAUAAGUAUAAAUGCGAUGAUUUAAUCUUGCCAAGAGAAUGACAAUGCAUUGCCAACUAGCAUGCCUUGAUGAAGGUGCACUUACUAAUUUCCUCAUCUCACACUGGCAUAUUUAGAUGACAUCACUGCUAGCAUUUACCAAUUAAGGUUAAGCAGUACAUGUUCUGGACAAGAUCAAGAAUAUAUUCGCGCUUCUCCUGAAGCACCAAACAUCAAUUAUAGAUAGCCUAUGUAACAGAUAAGGCAGUUAAUGAAGAUAAAAGUUCAAUCUUAAGCGACCAUUGAUUGCACAUAUAAUACCAAGGCCUGGGUAAUGGGAUGCUCUUCUCACGUAGCCUCAGUGUUAUGGUAUCUGAGAUGCUCGUCACCAUCAGAAUGUUGCUUAACGUACCAUGUUCCUUGUGGACUAUAUCGAAAACAACUGGUUGAGUUAAGAAGUAAAUAUAUACUUCUUAACUCAUCCGCUCGACUAUCUACUUCCAUUUUUUCUUUGACACAGUAAUGACUUGCAUGUCAAAGACGUUACAUACUCUGGACACCCACCCCACUAAAAUUUAUCUGCGCCAAAAAUGGUAAUCUUUGAGACUUGGAAAAUCUUGAUACUAUUGGUCAGCAAGAAGAGAGGAACGUAUUCCUUGGUUUUGGAGAAUUGCCGCCAAAUCCCAUUCCUAGUAAGGAAUGUGCCUCAUCAUCCUUACUGUUUGUAAAAAUUCAGUCGUUUUGAAUACGGAUAUAGAAAUUACAGAAAUUGGUGAAGAUGGUGAAAAAAUCAUUGUGAUCUCCUCAACAAAUCUGUAAUCUAACGGAAUAUUUUGAGUUGUGAUAACAGGUCAUUUUCCCAAAUAUUCUGCAUCAUCCAAAUAAUGAUGGUAAUUGCUUUUUCAAUUACAGGGCAAAAAAUUUGACAAUUUGUGAUAGACAUACAGUUAAGCCAACCAACCAAUUUUUGUAGCAUACAUUAUUUCCCUCAAAUGGUACUUAAGAUACAGUGUUGUCAGAUUCAACUACAUCUAAGCUAUUACCAAAUCCGAAUGGUUUAAUAGAAAUCCAAUUUGCGAUCGACCUCAACACAAGGAUCACCUUUGGGUAAGCGGUAGAUUCGAGCAAGACGGUGCAACCAGGUACUAGCGACGCCAAAAACCUAGGUGAUGAAUAUGUACUCGACUUUUCGAAAGUUUUACCUUCGGGCUCAGAUUGGGCGGCUACAGAAUGUCCUGGGCACAUUAGAGGCAUAUUAAUCUUAAAAUUCAUUACCUAAGACGUAAUUUCUUCUGUUUUGGUUAUAACUAGAACAGGCAAACCGUUUAGACCAUAUUCCCAUGUUAGAAUGGAACCGAUCUGUAAUAUGUUGCGGAACAGGUGCCAGGGGAUAAAACUGCGUCAAGAUUGCGAAGCGUGACAUAUGUCGCAACAUAUGCAGCAACUUGUUAGGGAAAUAUAUGUAUGUAUUAUUUCAAUAGAAAAACUUGAUAAGUUGUCCAUUUGCUUUUUACCAUCUGUACUAUUUGUUGUUUAAAAUUUGAUGAGAAUGUAGAUGAUUCAAAUGUUAUACUUCGAGUUUUAGCUGUUUCAGUCUCUCAUCACUUUAUCUGAUGGCAUACAAAGAUAAAAUCGUAACUCAAAAACCCUGCAGAUAAUAGACGUAUGAUAUAACAUUUGCUGUUAGCUUUCAUUUUUCAUGAAGAUCGUGUUGCUAUAUAUUUAAGUAUAUUUUAUUAUAUGAUUUAUACAUAUCUUAGCAUAAUACAGACCUGAAAUGUGUAUUGUCCAACGUUCGUGCUGUUUCGAACAUGGAUUUACUAUAAUAGCUUUGCAAUUUUUAAUGAAUAUUAAUAUAGCAGGAUUAUUUGCCACAGCAUGUUUUUCAAUAGACUGAAAGUCAAUUCAACAUAAAAGUAACAGCCAGGUUUUAAUCGAAAUUUUCUACGGUUUUAUACGUUACCUACUGUACAACCAAAAGUAAAAAAUUAUAUAGUUUCAGUAGACUGUUCUAUUACUAAUCAUAGUCAUAAAUAACAGUUGUCUAAAUAACUAAAAGGGCCCAUUGUAAAUAAUAGAUUAGUGCACAUAUGUACUAAGAAAGACGAAAUUCAAUAAAAACUGUU